AUGGAGAUUGACCCGUCUGCACCCGGGCCCCCACCAAUAUGGGAGAUCGAAGACACGGCCCAAACCAGUUAUGAAUCCAUCUAUGGCUAUGAUGUCGAUGCACAACUGCACUACAAUCCACUACGAAUCCCAUCCGGUUUCGGUCGAGAUAUCUUCCAUGAUCCCCGAUAUGAGGAAGAACCAGACAGCUAUGCAGUCGCUACCAUGAAAUUUAACACCCUCUACAGGCAGGUCGAGAACCAUUUCGAAAUCAUGAAGAACGAGCACUUCUUGACGCAAGCGGCCAUGCUCAACGAAGCCAACCACAGGAUCUGCGACUUCAAGCAUCUGCACGCCCGGGUCAUGGAUGCCAGAUCUGCCGAGACCGACGCCGACGUUGCAAAGGCCCAUGAGCUGGCGAUCCGCUUCCAGUUCCUCGUCGCGGCCUGCACGAGCAAGGCGGAGGAGAUCUACCGCAGCUUCGGCCUGUCGAGUCUGGCCCCGGAAGACAAGCGGUGGCAAGAUCACCCGGCGCAUCUGGAGGCGGAGGCGGAGGAGGAGAGAGAGUGGAUCGCGGACUGGAAGAUCGACGAGGUGCAGCCUGAGAGCGUGAUCAAGGAUACGAUGCCCUCGCUAUGA